GCUAUGUGUUAAAAUUAGCAUACUGACAUUUAAUACACAAUAUGUAAAUAUUAGCUUCACACAAAUAUACAGUACUAUCAUCAAACAAAUACUUCUGAGUGUUGAAACUAUUUCGAUGGUGGAAAUACACGACUGGCAGCCAUUUUAAGUCCUCAAAACGUCAAUUGAAACAGUGCACAAAAAUCGUUUUUCAAUAAACAUCUUAGUAUCAAAUUUAACCACUUUCCACCUUAAUAUUGAGUUACAUAAACAAGUUAAACAGUUUACUUACAGACUUAUCUUUUCCAAUGCUUGUAAAAGCUAACACAACUUGUCUACUUCUCAAUUGUCUCAUCAACUGAACUGACGUCGCCAACCCGGAAGUGCCCAAACUAUUUGACGCGUAGUAUUUUCAUAUCGCCACAAGGGAUUCGUUCCCAGGGAUUCGAAUAAAGAACCAACUCUUUUUCUUUACUAUAGUGGCCUCGAUAACGGGAACCGGUUCUCAAAAAGGGAUUCGAGUCCAUGGAAUCGGUUCUUUUCUUAUCGAACAACCGGUUUCGAACAUCAUCCUUACCUAUUUGUGUAUAUGGAUUCGGCCUGUGGUUGGUAAAUGGAAAAGUUAGUACAAUGGUAAAACGAGGUUCCACUGUACCCUAAUUAUAGCAAACACCUUCUAGAGGUGUGUCAUCGACGGGAAUGAAAAUCUCUGACUUACUCAGAGAGAAGCUCUCUGGCGCCACCUGCUAGUUGGCAUGUAGAAAUCUUUAGGCCCCUAGUAUUAUUUGGACUUUUUCCAGGGACAAAUCAGCAUCUGAUAUUCCGGUCACUAGGGUCAUGUCAUGUGAAAAACGAGGACACCCCAUCUGAAACUUGUAGGGAUACGGUACUUGACGGUACCGAUUUUUGCUACUUCUGUGUGUGUUCACAAAUAGCAAAUGUGUUGACGAUAAAGUCAAUUUUUUUAUCGCGACAUUUAAAAAUGAGCUGAUCACGAUAACUGCUGUCCAGUUGUUGAUCUUGUUUCAUUACCACACUUCUCAGUCUCAUCUGAAGGUAUAACACUGAGUUGCAAGUUUAAGACGCCAGGAGGCAGUAGUGUGUAGUUUACGGCAGAGCUGGGCAAAUAUUUUGACUCGGGGGCCACAUUGAGAGAAAAAAAUGUGUCUGGGGGGCCAAUGUGUAUGAAUGAUACAUACACAUUUAGCUGUAAACACCUGCUGUACAGUAUGUGUGUUUGGGUUCAGGAACACUAAUACCAAAAGUCACAAUGUCCGAUAGAGUUCUAAAAACGUUAAAACAGACCACCUAAAAAAAGUAAGUGGGAUUUACAAUAGUAAUACGAUGCGAUACCAUAGUCCAACCUCGGAUCCAGGAGGAACAGUGUGGUUUUGGUCCUGGUCGUGGAACUGUGGACCAGCUCUAUACUCUGGGCAGGGUCCUUGAGGGUGCAUGGGAGUUUGCCCAACCAGUCUACAUGUGCUUUGUGGACUUGGAGAAGGCAUUCCACCGUCGUGUCCCUCGGGAAGUCCUGUGGGGAGUGCUCAGAGACUAUGGGGUAUCGGACUGUCUGAUUGUGGCGGUCCGCUCCCUGUAUGAUCAGUAUCAGAGCUUGGUCCACUCCCUGUAUGAUCAGUGUCAGAGCUUGGUCCGCUCCCUGUAUGAUCAGUGUCAGAACUUGGUCCGCUCCCUGUACGAUCAGUGUCAGAACUUGGUCCACUCCUUGUAUGAUCAGUGUCAGAACUUGGUCCACUCCCUGUAUGAUCAGUGUCAGAGCUUGGUCCGCUCCCUGUAUGAUCAGUGUCAGAACUUGGUCCGCUCCCUGUAUGAUCAGUGUCAGAACUUGGUCCACUCCCUGUAUGAUCAGUGUCAGAGCUUGGUCCACUCCCUGUAUGAUCAGUGUCAGAACUUGGUCCACUCCCUGUAUGAUCAGUGUCAGAGCUUGGUCCGCUCCCUGUAUGAUCAGUGUCAGAGCUUGGUCCGCUCCCUGUAUGAUCAGUGUCAGAACUUGGUCCGCAUUGCCGGCAUUUUCACCAAGAAAACGAGGAGAGCCGCUGAUUGGUCCGGCCGAGUGAUUGCUUGUCCUUCCGACCUUCAACGCCCGAGGAGAGGCUUUGAUGAAGUGCUCGUCCAGACCUGGCGUCACGUGGCCGAGGCGACGGCGUUAGCCCACACGAGCCGCUUCGCACUGUUGUACAGUCCACGAAGCCUGUUGUACAUCAUCGCCUACAUUAUUAUUGAAUGCGCCUACCAAACGGACGGAUCCUGGCAUGUGAGUCUGGGGUCAGACGAGGCCCGGGUCCACCCGGUGGGACUCGACUCGUGCUAA